UCGCCGAACGGCAUUUACCCAGAAUCCCUCGAGACUACAAUUCCCGUCGUCGCCCGCGCGGCCUCUUCCCCAGAGCCAAUCAGCGGCGGACAGGUCGCUAAGUGGGAAGGAAGAGACAAGAUGGCGGCGAAAGGCGGCGGCAGCGGAGGAAGCGGCGGUGGCGGCGCCGCGAAUAGGAACGGGAUAUUAGAGAAGUGGAAGAUCGAUGACAAGCCAGUCAAAGUAGACAAGUGGGACGGGUCGGCUGUGAAGAAUUCCUUGGACGAUUCUGCCAAAAAGGUCCUCCUAGAGAAGUAUAAGUACGUGGAGAACUUUUGCCUGAUCGACGGCCGCCUCAUCAUUUGCACCAUUUCCUGCCUGUUUGCCAUUGUGGCUUUAAUAUGGGAUUACCUGCACCCCUUUCCCGAGUCGAAGCCGGUCCUCGCUUUCUGUGUCAUAUCGUAUUUCGUGAUGAUGGGCAUCCUCACCAUCUACACCUCGUACAAGGAAAAGAGCAUCUUCUUGGUGGCGCACAGGAUAGACCCCACGGGGAUGGACCCCGACGACAUCUGGCAGCUCUCCUCCAGCUUGAAGAGGUUCGACGACAAAUACACCCUCAAAAUGACCUUCAUCAGCGGCAGAACCAAGCAGCAGAGGGAGGCGGAGUUCACCCGCUCCAUCGCCAAAUUCUUGGACGCCAACGGCACCUUAGUCAUGGAGGCCUUUGAGCCAGAAGUCUCCAAGCUGCACGACAGCCUCCUCAUGGAAAGGAAGAUCAAGUAGGCUGCGGCUGAGACCCCUGCCUUCCUGCCGAGCGCGGGCCACGAAUAAGCCAAUAAAGCAAAAUAGCAACGAAUGUUAGCCUCUGUGUUUGUCCCCAACACCCCUUCAUCAUCUCCCUCUCUCUCUCUCUCCCCCCUUUCCUUUCCUUCUCGAAAAACAGGAGCAAGGGUCCGGCUAGGCUCGCUUCGCCUUGUGGCAAGUCCAGACGUCCCGCCUGACUCGUUACCUUACUUGCCGAGGACUUUUGAGACAAAGCGGCACCGCUCGGUCCUGUGUGCGAUUUUUCCUCCUUUUGCGAUGCUAUGUUUCAUGAGAGAGCUCCGUAGGAUUCGGCGCAUGGACGUGGCUGCUGGGCGCGGCUCUUUCUCUCUCUCUUUUUUUUUUUUUUUGCAUUAGGAAUUGGGGGCAAACGUGUUUUCUCAGUCCAGUUCUGUUUGGCCAGCAAGUUUUCUCUGUUUUUAUAUUUAUCAGGAAAGGGAGAGAGUUUGGGGUUUGUUUGUUUUUUAAAACAGGAAACAUUUUAUCGGUUACGAGGGCGAGUACGCUGGCCACGAAGGAUAUCCACAGGGCGGGGGGGGUGUUUCAGGGUGUCCUGUGUGUCGUCUCAUAUGAUUCAUUCCCCUCCCCAAACGCUGAAAUGAUCUCUUCCUUUCCCUCGUACGACUGCCAUUUUCUAAAAUGACUUUUUUUUUUCCAAUAAAAGGAGAACUGUGAAAAAA